GGACGGUUGGCUGAUUGUAUCUUUUCAUAUUCUAUCUGUGGAUUGUAUUUUAUUUGGUUGUGAUAGGAGUAUGGAUAGGAGGUUGUAAAAUGUUUUUCUCUUUGAAAAUCGAUUGAAACUAAACAAAAGAAUGUAAACUUUCGAUAUUUAAUAAAUAUUGUUGUUUUAGUGUAGUACAGGUGCUAUAAAAUGAAAGUUGUUGAAGCAAAAAUUGUUGUAUUAGGUUCGCAAGGUGUAGGCAAAACCAGCCUGGUAGUGCGCUACAUCGGCAAGAUGUUUUCAAAGCACAUCUCCCCCACCAUAGGUGCGUCCUUUUUUACCUGCAACAUCAACCUCGAGGACGCUAGGAUUAAACUCCAGGUAUGGGACACAGCUGGGCAGGAGAGGUUCCGGUCGAUGGCGCCCAUGUACUACAGGAACGCCAACGCUGCUCUGCUAGUGUACGACAUCACCAGCGCUGGCAGCUUCGCGGCCAUCAAGGGCUGGGUCAAAGAACUGCAGAGUAAUGUCCCAGAGCCAAUGGUGCUCUCCCUAGUGGGUAAUAAGUGCGACCUCGAGGAGAGCCGGGCGGUGGCACAAAGCGAGGCUGCCCAGUUUGCGGCGUCUAUUGGCGCUGCGUACUGCGAAACGUCCGCGCUGCACGAUCAGGGCAUAGACCAAGUUUUCCUGAACACAGCAACGGAACUGUUGAAAAUGUCUACAUCUAGCCUGGUCUCCUCUCUCAGAUCUUACGACUCUACGGAUGCGGAUGAAAGGCUACCCAUAGGAACACCCACCGAGGAAAAAGCGACUCAUACAGGAAAAGUGGAACUGCCUGCGUGGAACGCUGAUGUCAAACUUGGUGAAUUACAGAAGAGUAUGUGUUGCUAGCGCGAAAAAUAAAACUCCCUAAACGGUGGGAAAAUAAUCUUAACACCUAUAAUACUCCAUUAUUUCUAAACUAAAGUAUGUUACAAAAAAAAACAAGUGUAAAUAUAUAUAAUACAAAUAUUUUAAAGUAAUAGAAAGAGAUUUUCUAACGUGUGUAUGUUUUGUUUAAAUUAUGUUUAAAUAUACAUUGCACAGUUUAGAAAAAACGGAGUAUACCUAAAAUAUAAUAUGUUGCUAGACAAUAGUCCCCUAAACGUGGGAAUAUUGUCUAUUAUGUAACCUUUUUCGGACUACAAUAUUAAAGUUCCUUUAUGUAAAUCUUUGAGUGCUGCGAGUGCAUCAGUGAUUUUCUGAUGCUUGCUGCGAUAUUCCUUUACAAAGUGCCUUAUUGUAACCGGUCAAUUUACAGACAAUUUUAAAGCGUUAUUAUAUUAUUAAGAUAAAGUUACGAGGGUUCCAAGGGUAUUAUUUUUGAUAUCACAAUUUCUUGCAUUGAAUUUCACUCAAUUACUUGAAACUUUCAUCAUCGUUAGCCUUAUUAACGUCUAACGGUCUAGGCAGAGUAAGUUGUAGAGCAUAGACCCACCUCGAUGCCCAAAUGCGGUGAGGCUUCGAGUGAUAAUUACGGUGACCAGCUCAACGUGCUCUCCAAGGCACGGGUACAAACGACACCAAUUUCCUAACUCCGGGAUGGCACUGACAACUUUUUGAAAUAAAAACGCAAUAUCCAGAAAUUGUGUGCCUGACGCGGAAAUCAAACCAAUGGCACUCGUAAUCUACCAAACUACCAAAUCGCACUGGACCAACGAGGUGAUUUUUAUAAUAUUUUCUAAAGAAAAUGGAAGUGACACACAGACUGACAAAAUCCUUAGUCAAACAGUUCCCUGUUUGACUAAGGAUCCCUAAAGAACUUGCCUUAGUGUAGUUAACAAAAAAAAAAUUUAAAACAUUCCUUUUUAGAUAUUCUAAGCUAAAUUUAAAGAAUAUAUAUAGAGAUUGCUAGAUAUUCUUUGUUUUUUUUACAGUUUUUAUAAUUUAAGUGGACAUUAUGCAACGGAUUGUUAAUAACUUAUUUGUUAAUUUUUCGCUUUAUUCAAUUAUUAUAUUUAAUGUAAUAAACACUUAAAGGCGGGUCCAGUUAUACCUAAAGACUAUUCGGCUUAAAUUAUAGUAACUGUAGGGUAAAGGUUUAUUAACAGAAGAGUAAAAUUUAUAUAUCACAAAUGAUUAAGUUUAGUCGAUAGACAAAUCAAUCUUAUUAUCUCAAAUUAUAAUAUAGUUAUUAAUUAAUGCCAAUGUAAUCAGUAAAACAAUAUAUAAAAUAAAUACAGUUAAAGAUUAUUAACUGUAUUUAUUUUUAAAAUUGUAUUUACUUAAUAACUUUGUAAAAUAUUCUUCUUUCUUAGCCAUGAAUUUUCUCUAGCUGCUUCGUGAUUGUUUCUCUGUUUUCUGUUUCCGUUACUACCACCGCUUAAAUCAGUAUUAUAAUAAUAUUGUUGACUUGUUUGAAAAUAAACUGUAUCUUUUUACGGUAGUAAGCCUCAUUCCUUUAUUUGUUUGAUUAGUUGUAGAUACACCAAAGUGCAUUGUUCCAUUCUUGUUUUCAAUGAUGUAUUUUACAUGUAAGAAUAGGUGAGGAUUCUUUUUUAUAUAUUUUAAUUUAGGCCAAUAAAAGAUUUAUGCAUCCGGUUCAAUGCCGCGUAGAAGCCGAUUAGGCGUAUAGGUUAAAUAUAACUGCCACACAACAGGUUAUACUUACUUACCGUCCAUCCUAGACUGGUUUAGCAUUUACCAACCCACUAGUGGCAAUUCGGAAAUUGGCGUCGCUGGAAGCGGCUUAGUGCGAACAAUUCUGUGCAGUGAACGGCUAACUAGCAAUGACAGGACAGCAAUUUCGUUUAAAGCGCCUUCAGCAAAUGGUCACUUAUUAAAGGCUUCCUGAUUAAUCCGGUCCGCGUGAAUAGGUGGGUAAACAUACCAGAAAAGACCAGAAGAAAUUAUAAAUUCACAAAUUGCACCUGACGGGAAUCGAACCUCAGACCUCCGCGCUCACCCUUACGCCAUUUUUAUACUAACUGAAGAUUUUAAUUAAUUGUUUUUAAACCUUUUUUAUCUUUAAUUUUAACGUUGAUAUUUAAGUGGUUGAUAUUAUAUCUUGAUCUGCAUCUCCUCUUGCAAUUUUUUUUUGUCAUUUACAAUAGUUUAAUUGAAAUAUUGAUUAUUCAUUUAAAAUAGGAUGCAUUGUGAAUUUGUUGAAAAAAUUUUAUUUAGUAACUUUUUGAUUAUAAAUACUCAUAAAUACUUUAUUUUAGACAUUAGGACAGUAACUCUUCAACUUUUUAGGGUUCCGUAGUCAAUAAAGAACCCUUGCCCCCUUAUCUAUAAACGUGGCGUAACGUCUGAAUAGUUGUGCGGUGUUUUGUCACACUUCAACUGACAGCGCUUUUUAAAUGACAGAACCUGUCAAAAUACUGCAUUAUUAUUCUAUACUAAUACCACGUAUGAGCGGCCUAAAGUUUCGCCAUGACCGUCUGUCCGUCCGUCAGCGUCUUAGUCCAGAGACGAAGUACUAAAAAACUGUAAUUGGGGUACAUAUGAAGCACGCCAACUGGUAAAUUAAAAUCUUGUAUUAUUUUUUACCAGUUGGCGAAACGUCAUCCAGCAUGCUUAUUGUUUCUGUUCAAAAAUAAAUCUUGCAAAAAUAUUGCGUGUUUUAAGUGGGUGUGAAAUUUAUUAUUACGGAACCCGACUCUGCGUGGUCUUACACGCACUUGACCGCUUUUUUUUUCUUUUCGGUACACAUAUUGUCUUGUAAUGUAAACAGUCUUUUCGAUGUUUUAGUUUUUCUUCCAAAUAUCAAUAAAUAUAAUAAUAAAUCAAGUAAA